AUGAAUAGCGUUCACCGAGCGAAUGUGGCUGCUUAUGCAUCCAAUUCGCCACGCACUCCUUCCAGGGGGCCUGCCCGAGGAUUUUACCAAUGUGGAGUCUGCAAGAAAGAUUAUGGCCGAGCGGAUCAUCUCAUCCGCCAUGUCCGAUCUCGUAUGUUGCUUGGCUAG